GCCUCUUCAACAAAUACUGUAGUGUCUUCAGUCUUGCCUCGAUCACGUUCGUAUUGGGAUGUGAUGAAUUUGUGCCUGAGAGGGGCAGAAGCGUUUUCUCAUCCUUGUCUUCUACUUCAAGAUCACGGUAUGUUAAUCUGUUUGUAGUUGAUAUCCUCUUUUAACAUUCAAGUCCUUAACAUCAGGCCAAACUUCUGCGAGCCACCUAGCCAGAUGUGAAGCCCAACGUCUCAACUACUGUACCAGAUGGAGCUUAUGAGUUCGAAUAUGCUCAUGUCAAUAGUUUCGAAACAAAGAUUUCUACCAAUAACAUCUCAUCUAAACUCCCUCAACCAAUACAGUUUCGAGGGCCGUCCAUUUCUUUCAUGCAGUUCCGUUGCGAAACUCACCUCGCGACAGGCAUAUGUUGACUUACUUUCACUCCAAGGUGGAAUUUGUCGAAGCUCUCGCCCAACAAUUGCAGGCCAGUCCUAGCCAAUACGAGUCGUUGGCAGGAUUUCCCAAUGCACUACGGCUCUUCCGAAAAUACGAUAUCUGGCUCAUGUCCCAGUCAACGAUCAUUCCUAGAAGGAUGCGCGAAAGCACAAUCAUACCCACAACUAUUGCUACAUGCGUGUCAACAUGCCUCCAACGGGUUGGAAUCAAUAUUUCAACAACAAACGCAUCACACACGAAUCCGUGAUUUUAGAUCCGGUAACGGGCCUGAAUACUGACAGAUCGACCAACGCACCUACGAUUCUUGCUACCAAUGGCAUACUCACGUUAAUGGCGAUGGUGACCGUCGCUGCGAGGCUCUAUGUGAAAAGUGUUAUGCUCAAGACGACGGGAAGGGAUGAUUGGGUAAUCUUAGCGGCGAUGAUCUGUGGAUUGGGAACGAUGCAGUGUUUUAUUGGGGAAACGCACUACGGAUUGGGAAUGCACAUAGAUGCCGUUUCGAUUGAAGACCAACAGGAGCAACUGCACUGGCAAUUUGUAAGAAUGGAUUCAAAAUACCCCACCUAGGGCAAAGCGGAGAAUUGCUGGUACUUAUAUUUGUGUUGGAGAUCAUUGCUGACAUUUUCAUUCUAUAGUUCCAUACGCUGUUUGUCACCACUGGCAUCACGCUUGUCAAAGUAUCGAUUUCCUUUUUGUUGCUGCGCAUUGUUCCAGACAGGAAUUACAGAAUAUUCUUAUGGAGUACUAUAGGUAGGUGGUGACCCCCAAAUGAUAUGACGCAGUUGCUUACCACAAAUGUCUAGUUUUCUUGUGUCUGUUCAUAGUCAUAUGCGCCACUGUAAGCUCAUAUAAACUCCCCAUAAAACUUCACUCUUACUAAAUUUAUUAUCCAGCUAUUCAUAUUCGCGUGUCGGCCAAUUACAGCGAACUGGGACUUUUCUGUGCCUGCCCAAUGCUUUGAUUUAGGGACCUUCAAAGCCAUUGUGACUUUUCCCUCUUCCUAUAACACUUGAUAUCAAAACUAACAUGAGCCACAGGGAAUGUUCAACAGCAGUAAGCUUGACUUUUCUAAAUAGAUAUGUUCCUACUAAACAGCAGCAGUUGUCAAUAUUGUCACCGAUGUCCUCUUGGCCUGCUUGCCCAUUCCAGUGGUUUGGACUCUUCAAGUCAACAAAAGAACCAAGGUCUCCUUAAUCGUUGUUCUAAGUUUGGGAUUUGUGUAAGUUGAAGAGACUUUAUCUUCCACGUUCUAAGGCCCUUUACUUAUACUACAUAGCGUCUGUUUCUGUGCCAUCUACAAAACUGUCAUCCAAAUGACUGCCUUUGAAGACCCUGAUAGAACACGUGACGCUACCUUCUCAACCUGGUACAGCGUGGAGCUCUUCGUGGGUAUUAUCGCCGCAUCACUUCCCUCUCUACGACCGCUCUUCAAGAGCAUCCUCGAAACGUCGACGAAUCUUAUGCGUUCAGGCUCACAUAAAUUCGGGUUGUCGUCGGGGGCUAGUAGUAGUGGACAAAGUGUACGUAGACGGGCACCACCAACCUACACCAAAGAAGACGAGGCUGUAAUGGAGAAGAUUGCACGAGGGGCGGGGAUCAACGAUAUACAGAACUACAAGUUCGAGAUAAUGACGAGUGUGGAGCCGGCGUCGAAACUUAAAAGGCGGAUGAGUAGCAGUGAGUUGGAUGAGAUGUAUCCGAUCCAGGGCAUAAGGAAAACUGGUCAGUAAUACUCCGUAUUUCAUUUCUAUGUACAUGUAUAUAUUUAAUACUUAUUUUGAAACCAACUGGGACUGGAUGUACGAAGUCAGGGUGAACCGGGGAAUCAAGCUGAUGAUGGCCAUAUAGUCAAGGUUUCAGUUUCUUGAGGGAUCUGUUACUUGAGGAUUUUUUUUGUUUCGCUUUGAGGAGUUUUCCGAAAAGGUCUUCGGAAAGGGGAUGGGUUCAGGCCGGCCUGCAGUGAGUGGCACCAGUGGGACGCUACAGCACAAUACCCAACAGUACCCUAGAGUACCGACCACACGGUCCAGGUGGAGUGGGCGGUGCACGUUUGGUGGGGUGCGAACAGUACAUCACAGCACAUCGCAGCGCUUCAAAAUAUAAAUAUAAAUAUUAAUCAUUAACCACUACUCGACAUUCCCCCUCUUGCCGUGAGAACUAUUGCAUUACAUUGGGAUCGCUUAUCAAUCGCUUAAUUACUUGUAAACACAUCGGAAUCAACUGAUUCGGCUCAGCCACUGCACUGCGCUCCACCAAUCAGAAGUCGGUGGCUGGGGGCAUAGCAACCGCCCGCAUCCGGUUGCUAGGACGUCCCUCUUGUCCAAACAAUGCGCCUCAAGCGGCGCAUCUAGACCGUCAAUAUGAUUUCUUGAUUGGCUACGCCAACAGCUCUCCAAGACAAUCAGUUGGCUGGAGUGUUUACUACCUUGUACGUACAGGUCUCAAGUCCGGCCUCGACUUCCUGCAAGUAUCCGUAUCCGUAUCCAUACAGUAUCCUUCAAUUCCAAUAUCUUCAUUAUCGUGGUCGACAAGUCGAGGGUGUCGACGUCCGGAAUUCCACUCGCAUCUCUGUGUCGUGUGUAUGAGCAGUGCUCCGCCUUGAAUGCCGGCUCCCGAUUGACCAAGAUUGCACUGGAGCACAAGGUCGGAGACGAUGUAAGCGAUCGCAGCAGGUCCAUUCAUUACUACGUCAGUUCCACUUCAUUCUCGACAACUGCAAACGAUGAGGUACCACCACGUCGCCUCUCCGCGAUGGAGAUGGGUAUGGACCCUGGCACCUUCAAUCUUGCAAUUUCCCGUUGUUGUCUCCCAAUCGUUAGCAUUGCCAUAUCAUCCGACUUCCAUAUUACUAUCGCAAACGCCCUCGAAUGACAAUGGCAUCGCAUAUGCGUUUGUGCAAAAAUCUGCUUCGGAUUCUACUCAGCAGCUUGUAUCUUUCAAUAUAUCCUCACAUAUUUGGACCGCGAAUCUAUCAUUAAGUGCGGUUACUCCCAAUCUGCCGUUUACUAGUGAUGAGACUGCCGCAUUCAUACCAUCCAUAUCAUCUGCCAACGAGAUCUCCGUCUAUACUGGAUCGUGUGCAGGUCCGAACAAUGCGCAGCUAUGGCGCUUCACACCUUCGACCGAGAACGAGAUUGGCAAUGGAACUUGGGCAAGAGAGGAUACAAAGGUUCCCAGUGGCGGAGGAUUGAUAGCAGGACCUGGUUUUCUCUCCAGCGGGUUUACAUUCUCCUCUUUAGUCAACGCCAAAGCCUCUCAAUCCAAGAUCUACAACUUUGGUGGUAUGUGUCCAACGUCCGAUGCUACGGUAUCAACAUGGCAGACGGCUGCCAAUUACUCAAACGCCAUGCUUCGACUUGCUCCAACAACACCGUCGUCAGCUUCGGUCUUCUCCCUCGAACUUCUCACCAGCAGAGGUCCACCGAUCGCUGAAGCGGGCUUUACGAUUACUGGCCUUGCUCCUACCUUCUUGAAUAACUCCGGCACGUUGACACAACAAAGGAGCUAUAUACUAUUUGGAGGACAUACCAAAACUGCGUUUCUGAACACGAGUACUGUCGCGCUGUGGAAUUUGCCUGAAGAGGGCUGGAGUUUCGUUGCGGUGAAAUCGCCAGACUCUGCGAACACCGAGUUGGCUAUUAGAAGUACGGCGAAGCAAGUAGAUAGUAGAUCUGGACAUACGGCUGUGUUGACGGAAGAUGGAUCGCAGAUCAUCGUUCUUGGCGGGUGGGUGGGGAAUACUGGUCAGGCUGCUGAUCCCCAACUUGCUGUUUUGAAUAUUGGUUCCGGGUUUGGAGGGAAGGGGGAUUGGCAAUGGACAGUGCCGACUGUGCAGCCGACCUUUCCUGGGAUAUUUGGACAUGGAGCGGUGAUGUUGCCUGGAAAUGUUAUGAUGAUUUUGGGAGGGUAUAACAUUACUACUUUAACAACCGCGAAAAGAGAUGUAUCGACGUCGGGCGCAAUGUUUUUCAAUGCGACUAGUUUGCAAUGGGUAUCAUCCUAUACCAAUCCUGCAUACGUGGCUGCUCUAGCAGCAAAGGCCGAAAAUUCUGGAUCGGGAAAUUCCAAGGUAAAGACGGUUGGUCUGGGAGCAGGUUUGGGGCUUGGUUUUGCUGCAAUCAUUUUGGCAAUCGGCGUCUACUUUUGCUAUAGCCGGAAAUUGAAGAAGAAGCGAGAAGCAGAUCGCGAAAGAGAUCUGGGUGCUUUGGCAGCUCAGUCGAAUAAUGACUACAAAGAUCCAAACAAUAACAUGAUCGAGAGAGGAACGGACUUCCCUUGGUCAAAUGGAGGAUGGAAUGCCUACAACGAUCGGCAACAGGCCCUGUACGAUUCUACGAGUGCUUUGGCAGGUUAUGAAAACUUGCAUGGUGGUGGACAUGUUAUGGGGGAUAAUGGAAAAGUCGCAUCUACACCAAAGCAGAUUACAAGAAAACCUCUGCAUUCCAGAAAUACUAGAGGUACCUAUCAACUGACGCCAAAUUACGACAUGGGUAAUGGUGGAAAUCAUGGAAGGACGAACAGCCUUGGAACCGCAGGACCAAUCCAUCCUAUUUAUGAAGCAGAUGAGGAUGACCAUGCUCGCGGGCACGCUCACGGUCCAACAACGAUCGGCUUAGCGAUUGCAACAGGGGAUGGUAUAGCAACAGGCGAGAAGCGAUACUCUGAUCCUUUCAAAGAUGCUUCAACCCAGGGUCCAUCGAUUAUUCGCCAAGGUACCAAUCGAAGCGUGAGUGCUUCUGAGCUUGAAAGUCCAGCUCAAGAACGCGAGCGAGAAAUUCAGGAAUGGGUAUCGGAUUGGGCUGCAGCAGAUGCACUUCUUAAUGCUCAAACACAAACGCACUCUGGUGCUGGUCGUAUCUCACCUACUCGUCGAGCACAACUCGUCGCUGGAAGUCAUAGUGUCAGCUCGGUUUCUGGCGAGGAAGAUGGACGCACAGCAAGCAAUCUAAGCGAACGCAGUGGUGUAUCAUCCAUGUCGCGCUCCGGGUCUGGUUCCGGUCAAUCGAGAAAUAAUUCUCUUAGGGGCUUUAUCACUACGACCAUAAAUCCGUUUUCUUCGACGCCUACAGUAGAAAAUUCCACCGCGCAACAUAAUGCUCCCCAUUCAGCAGGGAGUGGAUCCAGUUUCAGCACAGCAAAAACGAGUUUUCCCACCCUCCAAGCAGAAGGAGAAACUCUUCUCCCAAGACCAGACAACAACCACGACCGCGACGACUCAUCUCCUACCAACGAACCUGGCAGUCCCUCCAAGAGAAAACUCUCCGUACGUCUCAAAAGAGGCCAGACAGGUUGGCUAGGUAGUCUCCGUCGCGCAAUCGGCGUCGAAACAACCCCCGAAGACGUCCCUCUGGAGACAAGUCGCGAACCAAGUCCCACCCACCCUGAGCCAACAUCCAACUCUGACGCCGUCCCCCGAAGAGCAGUGAGUGCUUCGGCCACUUUAUGGCGUCGCAAACAAGGGAAAAGCGACUGGGAAGACAGCAGUGAUGAGGUGCAUAUGCGUGGCGGAGAGAUGAGCACGCGAUCCAAUACUUUCACUAAUGAUACCAGUCGUGAUGCUCUUAUUUCCAACACCUCAGGCAAUCGAAAUAGUGCGUAUGACGACGACGAAGAUUGGGAUAUCGAGAAGGCGGUUGAGAAUCGGGUUGUGCAGGUUAUGUUUACGGUUCCCAAGGAGAAGUUGAGGGUUGUUAAUGGGGCCGUGGAGGAUGGGAGUGAGGUUGGUAGUAUGAAGUCUCGGGUGGGUAGUGUGAAGAGUGAGAGUGGUGGUGGUGUAGGGGUUCCAGGUGGGAAUGGGGGUGGAAAGGUUGAAAUCCCUCCUAUGACUCCAUUACUUUCUAUGGGCGAGAAUGAAAAGGGGGAUAUUCUUGUUGGGGCUUUGGGCACGGUUACUCCUGCUCCUGCUCCUGUCACGCCGACGAGGGGCGGGAGUCCCAAGGGCAAGGCGAGGGGGGCGAAGGUAGGCGAGAUUGUGGAGAAGCUUGAGAUGAUUGGGAGCCCGGCGCGGUAA